AUGCCCGUCGCCAGUCCUCAAGGCUUCUUCCAUCAGGAGGCGCCCCUGGAAGUCGAUAAUAUCGCCGAUCUCCAAGAGAUAGAGACUGGUGAUGCAGACCUUGUCUUCAUGCGCAAGUAUGAGUACAAAGGUGUUCUCCUGGUAGAGAUCAUAGGACGGCCCAGCACUAUCAGUACCACCAGCGCGGUCAAGAGGCAGCGAGUCGAGUUACGGGCGGUUGUGCUAGGAGAAAGCCAGCUCAAGCCUGGCGAGAUGAUCUUGCUCUAUCGCCCAGGCAAGAUCUUUCAGACCGUUUAUGGCAUGGAUCUGAAGCAGAAAGGGGGGGUCACAAUCGGCAAUGUUCAUUGGUGCUCGGGACUCCAGAUCAAGUGGGUGCCUAGCAUCACCGCCUCCACGAAGACAAGUUCUGCUUCAUACUCCGAGAAGGUCAUUCAGAAGGCGAGAGUGGGGGUUGCCAAGGACCUCUACUCUAUGAUCGAGAACGAAGACUUGGACUGGGAAGACAUCGACUGGGAUGAGAUCGAGGCCAUGAUCGAAGCCAUCGAGCCGCAACUCGAUACCAUUAACUCGCCCAAGAAGCGCCAGCGAUCACACAAGGGCAACAAAGGAGCCAACAAGAAAGCCACUGCCAGCAAACCAGUAGAGGUCAAGCUGCUUGUCGCUGAGGAGGACUGGAGUUUGAUGAAGCACGUGGUCAUAAACUGCGGCUUCAAGGUCGAAGAGAGCGACAAGUUGGGCGAAAAGGAGAAAGAGGAGGUCAAAGACCUGAUGUCCAAGUACAUCGCUGACGAAGCUGAGUACCUCGAUGAAGAGAUGCACAGUCGCCUGACCGAGCUUCUGAACAAAGGUUGGACAUCACGGUUCGACAUACAGAUUCUGACGAACUUCGCAAAGGCCAGGUCUGUCAACGACGACAUCUAUAGCCUGCCCACUUUCGCCAGCUUCGCGGCCUGGUGGAAGACCAGAGACGCCUGCAAACUCUCAUCUCGCUCACCCAGCCAAGAUCGUUCACCCAGCCCCUUUCGCUCGCCUAGUCUUCCUGGCGCCGCUGCUGACCCUGAGAUUCACGGUGACCUCCAGAUUACCGACAACGAUACACCUCAAGGCCAUGGAUUCAUGUGGCAAGCAAGAAGAUUCAUGGCCAGACUCAUCUACAUCGGCCCUUGAUUCGGGAUGUAUAACCGUACUUGAGUUGUAGCAUGAUGUGGAACCAGGAGGGAAGGCUUGACCCUGGAACAAGACACAAAGCAGGAAGUAACUUCCUAUAAGAUAGAUGAUGAACGAAGGUCUAUAAAGAAGGGAGCAGACGUCUAGAAUGUAAUGAAUAGACAAUACAAUGAGAAC